GGAAGUGUUGCCGGUGGCAGCAGGAGCAGCGGCGCCAUCAUGGCGGAGGUGGCGGCUCUGGAUGAGCUCGCCAAGCUCGAGUAUCUGUCGCUGGUGUCCAAGGUGUGCACCGAGCUGGACAACCACCUGGGCAUCAACGACAAGGACUUGGCUGAGUUUGUGAUCAAUCUUGCUGAAAAAAACAGUACGUUUGAGACCUUCAAAGCAGUUCUUCUAAAGAACGGGGCCGAGUUCACUGAUUCCCUUAUCAGCAACUUGCUACGACUCAUACAGACGAUGCGGCCUCCACCAAAACCGUCUAUGAGCAAAGAGGCACUUGUCAAACCCAAAUCAGAGAAGGAAAAGCUGAAGGAGUUGUUCCCCGCCCUUUGCAGGCCGGAUGAUCCCAACGUCAGGACCAUGCUGGAUGAAGACGACGUGAAAGUGGCUGCUGAUGCACUUAAAGAACUUGAAGCUUUGAUGCCCAGUGCCGACAGACAGAGCAAGCACAGGAACAGCGACCACAGGUCAAAGAGGAAGAAGAGGAGCCGAAGCCGUAGCCGUAGCCGGGACAGGAAACGAAGGCACAGAUCUCGUUCUAGGUCUCGUUCUAGGACUCGGGAUAGGAACAAGGGAAAAUCCAGAUACCGGUCAAGGAGCAGAAGUCGAAGUCCCCGUAGGGACCGUAAGGAUCGAGAGAAGUACGUUGAGAGGAGCAAUGAGAGAUGGAGAGACAAGCACGUAGACCGUCCACCGCCUGAGGAGCCUUCCAUCGGGGACAUCUACAAUGGCAAAGUGACGAGCAUAAUGCAAUUUGGAUGCUUUGUGCAGCUGGAAGGACUGAGGAAGCGUUGGGAGGGCUUGGUGCACAUCUCGGAGCUGCGAAGGGAAGGACGAGUUGCCAAUGUUGCUGAUGUUGUGAGCAAAGGACAGCGAGUGAAAGUCAAAGUGUUAUCCUUUACUGGAUCCAAAACCAGCCUCAGCAUGAAGGAUGUUGAUCAAGACACUGGGGAAGAUUUGAAUCCAAACCGGAGGAGGAACCUGGUUGGAGAAACCAAUGAAGAAACCUCUAUGAGAAACCCUGACAGACCCAGUCACCUGUCCUUGGUGAACGCCCCGGAGGUGGAGGACGACAGUCUUGAACGGAAACGCCUCACCCGGAUUUCAGAUCCAGAGAAAUGGGAAAUAAAACAGAUGAUUGCAGCGAAUGUGCUUUCCAAGGAAGAAUUUCCUGACUUUGAUGAGGAGACUGGAAUUCUUCCUAAAGUUGAUGAUGAAGAAGAUGAGGACCUUGAGAUAGAGUUGGUUGAAGAAGAGCCGCCUUUCCUUCGAGGUCAUACUAAACAGAGCAUGGAUAUGAGUCCCAUCAAAAUAGUAAAGAAUCCAGAUGGUUCCUUGUCCCAGGCUGCAAUGAUGCAGAGUGCUUUGGCUAAAGAAAGACGAGAGCUGAAACAAGCCCAGAGAGAAGCGGAGAUGGAUUCCAUCCCCAUGGGACUCAACACGCACUGGGUAGACCCUCUCCCUGACGUGGAUGGCAGACAAAUAGCUGCAAACAUGCGAGGUAUUGGGAUGAUGCCAAAUGAUAUCCCAGAGUGGAAGAAACAUGCAUUUGGUGGCAACAAAGCCUCUUAUGGUAAAAAGACCCAGCUUUCCAUCAUUGAGCAGAGAGAGAGUCUCCCAAUCUUCAGACUGAAGGAGCAGCUGAUACAAGCUGUUCAUGACAACCAGAUUCUGAUUGUUAUUGGAGAGACAGGAUCUGGGAAAACAACACAGAUCACCCAAUACCUGGCUGAGGCGGGAUAUACUUCAAGAGGAAAGAUUGGAUGUACUCAGCCUCGCAGAGUGGCUGCGAUGUCUGUUGCGAAGAGGGUGUCGGAGGAGUUUGGUUGCUGCCUGGGACAAGAGGUUGGCUACACCAUUCGAUUUGAAGACUGCACGAGCCCUGAAACCGUUAUCAAAUACAUGACGGAUGGUAUGUUACUGAGGGAGUGCUUGAUAGACCCUGACCUGACUCAGUAUGCCAUUAUCAUGCUGGAUGAAGCCCACGAGAGGACUAUCCAUACAGAUGUGCUCUUUGGACUCCUGAAGAAGACAGUGCAGAAGCGGCAAGAUAUGAAGUUGAUAGUGACUUCUGCAACCCUGGAUGCUGUGAAAUUCUCUCAGUACUUCUACGAAGCACCGAUCUUCACAAUUCCUGGCAGAACGUACCCAGUCGAAAUCCUGUACACAAAAGAGCCAGAGACGGAUUAUUUGGAUGCCAGCCUGAUUACAGUUAUGCAGAUCCACUUAACAGAGCCUCCAGGUGACAUUUUGGUGUUUCUAACUGGUCAGGAAGAGAUUGACACUGCCUGUGAAAUCCUGUACGAGAGGAUGAAAUCUCUAGGACCUGACGUUCCAGAGUUAAUUAUCCUGCCAGUAUAUUCAGCUUUACCCAGUGAAAUGCAAACCAGGAUCUUUGACCCAGCUCCACCAGGAAGCAGAAAGGUUGUCAUUGCCACUAACAUUGCUGAGACGUCUUUGACUAUUGAUGGCAUAUAUUACGUAGUUGAUCCCGGUUUUGUGAAGCAGAAAGUUUAUAACUCCAAGACUGGAAUUGACCAGCUGGUUGUGACGCCGAUUUCCCAGGCUCAAGCGAAGCAGCGAGCAGGAAGGGCUGGGAGAACUGGACCAGGAAAAUGCUAUAGGUUAUAUACAGAGCGUGCUUAUCGAGAUGAAAUGCUAACCACCAAUGUGCCCGAAAUCCAGAGAACUAAUUUGGCCAGUACAGUGCUUUCCCUGAAGGCUAUGGGCAUCAACGAUCUGCUCUCCUUUGACUUUAUGGAUGCUCCCCCAAUGGAAACUCUAAUAACAGCCAUGGAGCAGCUCUACACCCUGGGAGCUCUGGAUGAUGAGGGACUACUCACUCGACUGGGACGCAGGAUGGCGGAGUUCCCCUUGGAGCCUAUGCUGUGUAAGAUGCUGAUCAUGUCCGUGCAUCUGGGAUGCAGCGAGGAAAUGUUGACGAUAGUCUCCAUGCUGUCUGUACAGAAUGUGUUCUACAGGCCGAAGGAUAAACAAGCGCUUGCUGAUCAGAAGAAAGCCAAGUUCCAUCAGACAGAAGGCGACCACCUCACACUUCUGGCUGUGUACAAUUCCUGGAAGAAUAAUAAGUUUUCAAAUCCCUGGUGCUACGAAAAUUUUAUUCAGGCCCGAUCUUUACGCAGAGCACAAGACAUCCGCAAGCAGAUGCUGGGCAUUAUGGACAGGCACAAGCUGGAUGUGGUGUCGUGUGGGAAGGCAACGGUUCGAGUCCAGAAGGCUAUUUGUAGUGGGUUCUUCCGAAACGCAGCAAAGAAGGAUCCCCAGGAAGGUUAUCGGACUCUUAUCGAUCAACAAGUAGUUUAUAUCCACCCAUCCAGUGCUCUCUUCAACAGGCAGCCAGAAUGGGUGGUGUACCAUGAACUGGUGCUGACCACCAAGGAAUACAUGCGUGAAGUGACGACUAUUGAUCCUCGCUGGCUGGUGGAGUUCGCGCCUGCUUUCUUCAAGGUUUCUGAUCCAACUAAGCUGAGCAAACAGAAGAAGCAGCAGCGGCUGGAACCCCUGUACAAUCGCUACGAGGAGCCCAAUGCUUGGAGGAUAUCACGUGCAUUCAGACGGCGAUGAAUCCUUCCCUCAUGGACUGUUAUGGGUUUUAUAGUUGUGGGACUGUGAUCUUUGCACUGUUGCAAAUGUCCUGAAAGGAGUGACUUUCAAUCGAAGUUUGCCUAUGAAUGAAUAGAAAAUAAGUGUUUUCAGAGCAAAAGCACAAGGAGGCGAUCUGUGCUCAGGUUCCACAACCACGAGGGGAACGACUAUCGUCUUCUCUGUGUGCAGCAGCAUUUCAGAAGUGGUUCUUGAAGCUCUUCUUUGGUGGUUCCCCUUUCAGGAAACAAAACCUGAGACUUGGAAAUGUGGGCACUGACCUGAAGAACAACAAAAAUAUAAUGAUUGAAAAAUAGUUGCUCACCAAGCUGUGUCUCAAUGGCCAAACAGAGACUGGAAUAGCUUUUAUUUACAGUGUUAAAAGGGAUUUAUUUCUACUAUUUAUUUGUAGUAUUUAUCUCUACUGGACAGUGGCUGUUUUUUUGGGAGCUGCUUGUUCUUUGUUUUUUCAUCUUUUAUGCGCUUUCCUGUUCAGUAUAACUAUUUGUCUUUUAUGCAAGCUGUGUGGGGUGAGAUUUAGUAUCUGUGGCUUUGGGAUAAGGCUGGAGGGAUCUCUUGAAACCCAACCAGAAUGUCGGUUAUCCUUGGACAAUGGGCGCAGGUCAGACUGCAAGGCUUAUCCUUCAUCACCAUCUCCUGUGUGCUGAAGGCUGGUAAGUUGAGCCCUAAUAAACCACAUCCACUCUGCGGCACGGCUCCCUCUGAAGGUAAGUGGUUACGGAUGUUUAUACUUUUUUUACAAUGUUUCAUGUGUUUUAUUCCCAGUUAGAAUGGUUGGUGACAUCACAACUGCUGGGUUUUUUAUAGAAUAUGCUCUUACAGCUCCAAUGUCUGUAAAGCAUUGUGUAAAGCUAAAUGCUUUAAAUUGUAAAGCAUUGUUCCUUGUUUAAAAAGAAACUUGUCAUGCGGUGUGCGCUAUGUCAGACUGAAGCUAACUGAAAAUUACGUGUUCUUUUGCAAACAGAGGAAGCUUAUUUGACUCCUUACGUGCAGAAACUCUGUUUUUAUUAUUUACCAGACACUUGUUUUACACUCGGUGCAUUUGAAGAUUGUUUCAUGCUGAAAAGCUGCAUUGAAAAUCUGUAUCUCUGUACAGAGGUGGACAGGGAUGCCGUGUAUAGUGUUGUAUUAGAUUCUAUAAAUGCCCUGAGCUUUCCUGUGGCAUUACGUCUUCACAAAGUUAAAUAGCAUUAUUAAAUUUGUAAGUUUGGAGGUUUUUUUUCAUGAUGGCGUCAGGCAGAGAAUGUUGUCCUGUGCAAUUCCGAGCCUUCUCCGAACUGCAUUUGUUACUGUUUUCUAUGAAAACUUUUGCUUGACUUUCAAAAGCCAAAUGGAAGAUGUCAAAGAGCAAAUGUACCCGGUGGAAGUCCCAGUUGUACAGCAGGUUUGGAGGUGUUUCUGUUCCAAAGUAAUUUUGUAUUUGCAUCUCCAGUGCCUUUCUGUCUGACUUUUGGUAGGGGAAAGGCAGCAAGAGAGGGGAUUUUCUUGAAGCAAGCAGUUGUCUUCUGUUCUGUCUGUGUUACUGCUUCCCUUGGUGGCACUCUUUUAGUAAUAUCCUUUAAUUCAUUUACAGAAACUUUUCCAUGUUGUCCUCAGCUGCUUGUGUUGGGAAUACCCUGCAUCCAAAACUAGCCUUGAAAACAUGAAUGUUGGCUUACAAACUUGAACCACUUGCUUAUUUUAAGCAAGCUUUAUACCUGUUACUGCUUGGAGUGUAGUGACAGGGUGAGGGGAAUGGUUUUCAGCCAAAAGGGGAGUGAUUUAGAUGAGAUAUUAGGAAGAAAUAUUUUCCUGUGAGCAUGGGGAGGCCCUGGCCCAAGUUCUUCUCCCAAAGAAGUUGUGGCUGCUCUAUCCCUGGAGGUACUCAAGGCCAGGUUGGAUGAGGCUUUGAGCAGCCGAAUCCGGGGUAAGGUGCCCGUGGCAGGGAGUUGGAACUGCAUGGGCUUUAAGGCUGAUGUGCUCCUCGCGGAGCUGGGGGCCUCAUUCUGCUUGUGGAGAUGUGAAUGGAACAAACAAUCCUUGUUUCAGACUCUGGCAGCGUGUGCCAUAGGCCGGUUUCCACGUGUUAGCCGAUCGUCACAAACAAAGGAUUCACAGCAGAAGGAUAACUCACACAUUCAUGUGUACUCAAACACCCAAAAUAACCUUUUGCCUUUGAUGCAAGAAAGAUAAAUAUGAUUUUUACAGGCAGCCCCACACGUGCUCUCUCUGUUACAGUGACUACCGUAACCUUGUUAAUGGCCUUGUUACCAGCACCGGUGUGACAGCACCAUGCUGCUUGCACAAUGAGGGGUUUGUUUUUCAGUAGUUAGGUUUUCGUGAGGUUUCUGUGG